UCAAUUUUGCGUAAAACACGUUUCACGUCUUCCCUAAUUAGCAGUCUUUAGAGUGCAAAUCAAGUGACGGUCGAAUAUCAGGCGACAGUCAUGAAGACGCUGUUGCUGCUGGCACUUGCAUCUCUGUUGUUUCAAGCAUCUCAAGUUCUUGGAAAGGAUUCAGCAAGUAGUGAUGUUAACAUUAAAACCAUCUGUAAAGAUUUCAUAAACAGCCAUCAAAUAAAAGGUGAUGAGAAGUUUGUGGAAUUUAGAAAGAAACUCAUUGACAACAGGUUUCUUUCUGCCGUUGAUUCUGGUGACAAUGCUAUAGAACAUCUGUGCCGUGGUCAAACACGUCAAUCGAAAACAGAGGUUAAGAAAUAUAAUCCCGAAAUUCUACGGAAUGAUAUUAUCAAAUUUCAUCCUCUAAUGCGCCAAUGGAACCAUCUGGAUCAAAAUGCCAAAAAAUAUUUGUCUGUUUUUUUGGUUAAUGGGGAGCCUGGAAUUGAAGACGUUUUGAUAGGACCGGCGGCAGAAGGUCUUCGAAACAAAAUCGAACGAGACUGCAUGAGUCAACCACGAGAUGAAAUAUUCUGUGAACAUUUACCAGAACUGAUGAACAUGGCUGACACAUAUAUGAAGGUAAAAGAUGAUAGAAGAAGCACUGAGAAAUGGAAUGCUUAUCGCAUCCACUUUCUCGUCCUGGGAUACAACGACCCCGAACUAUUCAGGGUAGCAGGGCCAGGAAUCGACAAAAGGAUUCAGAAACUGGUCUUUGAUAAUUUGAAAACAUUCUUUAGAUGUGUUAGAAACGAACAAAUGAAGCCACUGACAGAGCUCAUAUCUCUGUCACCAGAUUUAACAACGAUAAAAGAAGGUUGUGGAGCUAAUGUCGGCAACCAGUCUGACCAAACAAAGAACCUCUGCACCCUCUUCAGAGUAGUUGCUCAGAUAAGGCUUUUCCUCAAGUCUCGAGUUGCGUCUGAUCAUGGACACGUGACAAAAAUCCUUAAUACCAGGAUUGAUUAUAAAACAUUUUUAGAGCUAACUGAAGUUGACAGAAUAUUGCAUAUUGUCGAAGACAAAGAAAAUUCCCUUCCCCCACUGUUUAGUUGGCUUAACAGCGAAGUCACUAAAACAAUCAACGACAGAUUUAAAGGCGUCAGAACGUAUUUCCAAAAGGUUGAAAGCUUCAACAGAGAUAAAGCACGUGCUGAUGUAGAUUUCGUUAAUGGAAGGUUAGAAUUGUUUAGGAAAAGUGUUUCGACACUGAGUAAAGAAUUAGGGACAAACACUGAUGACCUCAUAAAUGGAGCAAUCACGGCUAUCACCCUGGAGAUAGCUGAAGAUACCGUUCAAGUUGGUCUAGCUACUGCUGUGGCAUUAAAUCCUCUUGAGAAGCUCUUCGAAGGGACAAGCGCGGGUGAUCUUAUGGAUCGCAGUGCCAAACUGCUCGAUUCAAUGACUAAAGCAGGCGAGCUUGUCCAUGUAAAACGCUCUUUUGAUCGACUAACAAAAAAGACCGUUGAAAUAUCAGGCAAGUUUCAAGAUAAUGCCAAAUUUCUUGAGUCUGUAAAAAAAAUCGUCGAUAAUAUUGGAAAUGAAGAGUCAUCCUCCAUUUUUCAAUCAGAGAAGCAAAAAUUCAUUAGAGACUAUACGGCCUAUGAUCCGAAGGUUACUAGGCCAGAGUUGACAGCCAUGACAGCAACCUGGACUGACCUUAUUGAAGCCACCUGUGAUGUUAUUAUGAAUACGGAAGCGCUGAUUGCUGGAACAGACAAGUUAACUGUAAGGGCGUCUGACUUAUGUCCCAAAACAAAGUUGCUUGCAGAGAGAAUGAUCGAAACCUAUGCAGAGAUAUACGAUUUUCAGUUUGAGCUCAUUGAGGCACUAGCGACUUAUAUGAGGGCUGCUACAUCCAUUGAUGCCGCUUCAAGCAUAACAGCCGGGUACGAGCAGCUCCCUGCUGGGCAGAAUUCAAGCAACAAUGCUGUCAACAAAUUGAGAGUUGUGGGCUUGACUUCCUAUAUAUCGUAUAAGAUCAACAUUUGGCAGGCUACAGAGGCAUACUGCGACAUUUUGGAGUAUAAAGAAGGCGGAACAAGGCCCAAUCUUUGUCAAGGGUUAAACACGAAUAUUGCUACUCUUGUCUCUCGUCAAGUAAGACCUUGCCAGGAAAAAGUAGGAUUUAGGGAAGUACCAAUCAGUGCAGCAACAGAAGCUGACAAAGCUUACCUCAACAUAUCUAAUUUGUAUGCUGCCAAGCAAGUAAGGUUCAAAAUCCCAAAUAGCGACUGGUUGGUGGAGAAUCAGUGGAUUGACAGAGGGGAUAAGAAUUCUGUUAUCACGGUAAAGAAGUUUGAAAUUUUCUUGCCAACUAUGAGUGGAAUACGAAAGAGAGUCAAUGUUGAAGCAAAAUCAGAGGGGAGGAACCAACUGGUGCCGAAUGGCAAAACAUAUACGAUCAUCCCAAGCAAGAAUUUGAAGUUUGAAUACCUCGAGGGUGGUAGCAAUGAAGGUUGCCGACAAGAAACGUUUCAAAAUCCUUAUGAUACAUCAAAGCCCGAAAUCUGUCCGGUGAAUAUGGAGGAAGAUAGAUGUCUGGAUCUCUUGGAGAAAACAGCUUUGUAUCCCUCUGUCUAUGCCGACUGGAAAGUGUCUAUCUCUGGUUAUGAAUCAGAUGCAGUUCCACAAUUGGCCAGCGAUUUCAAAUUGAAAGUUGGAAUUACACUCUGUGUCGCAAAUGGUUCCAACAAAAAGAAGAAAAAGAAAACGCUUAGAAGCCUAAAGAAAAAGGCAAAAAGAAGCAAAGCUGCUUAAGUAACUUUCAUUGCAUGAAAUUUGCAAAAAUAAUGAUCUUCUAUCCUUUUGAUUCAUGCUCAAUCUGCCUACGAAAAUUGAUUGUGCUUCAUUUGAAAAGAAAGUUGAUUCAAAUAAUUAUAAAACUAUUUUGAAGCCGA